AUGGCUGGUGUUGUGUUCAAGUUUGAGAAUGAGGCAGCACCAGAUUUGGACGUACCAGAAGAAAAGAAAAGGGUGCCAUUGGUGGAGAUCAUAAAUAACUCAGGUGAAACCCCUCUCUUUAGAGCUGCCAACCUUGGCAGGCUUAAGAUGCUCAAGUAUAUGGCCAAACAUGCUCAGGCUGACAUAAGAAGACAUUUUGUUAGCUAUGACAAAUAUUCCAUUCUUCAUGCCAGCAUUCUUGGACAGUUUUUUGAUGUUGCUAUUUGGUUGUUAAAUAAUAUGGAUGAAAAGCUAGCUCAACACAAGGAUAUGAAUGGAAUGACAUGUCUUCAACUUCUAUCCAAUAUGCCACUUGUAUUUCGGAGCCAAGCCCCUUCCAUGGGAACCAUGAAGAAUCUUUUAUAUUACUUGCUUCCCGAGGACGGUUAUGAAAUCGAUGAUGAUGAAAAUGGCAGUGCAGAUUUCAGAUAUGAGAGGAGCGACGUAGAAAGUGCCCAAAAAGAGGCCAAGUUUACCGGUUCAGGUUUAAAAAAGUGUGGAAUGGAUAGUGUAGGACUUCCAUAA